AUGGCGGACGAAGGAAACGAAGAUAGCUGGUUGUACGGGAACUCGGCACAGGAUGGCCCCACAAGCGACUCUGCUGCAACGCUCGAUGCCGAUGGUGCAGUUGCAGGCAAAAACCCGCUCUGGGACGAACCUGACACAGAUUCGUUGAACAGAGAAGCUAGCAAUUCAAACAACAUCCGGCGCGGUUCGAACGAUCUUAACAAUGCGAACGACUACACCGCUUCAGGCAGCGAGAAUGGAAUGUCCGGCCGGGAACAACAGUGCGACGAUAACGCUAUGGAUUCUAGUGAUCUGCACCUUCGAGAGGGCGAAGAAGCUCCGGAUGAGAGUCAGGAUGAUUCGCAUCUCAUGGAUGACGGUCGGGGGGAAGCUGAAUUACGGGAGAAGGAUUCGUCUGCAAAACGCCGGCUCACCGACGCAUCACAAUCCGGAAAGGGUGAAAACGAAGAGGAUGAUAAGGAGAAGGGCGAAGGAAAGAAAUCCUCGGAAACGGGCGAUGGAAUGGGCCACGUGGAUGACAACGGUGGAAAGGACAAGGGAGGAUUAAGCGAUAUGGAGAGCGACAUCGAUAGCGAUGAGGACGAUGAUAUUAAUGUCGUGAUUGGAGACAUCAAAUCGGGCCCAAGCUACAACAUAAUCAAGCAGCGAGGUCCCAUCAUGCCAAACCAAACGGCCGCAAAUGCUGCCGGUGUGACGGACAAAACGAAACAACCGGCGGGCAAAUUCAGCAUGGAAGAGUUCGAAAGCGUGGGCACGAUCAAUGGUGUUCCGGCGCACGAGUUCAGCAUCGAUUCGCUGGAUGAGAAACCGUGGCGCAAGCCGGGUGCGGACAUAACGGAUUACUUCAAUUAUGGAUUUAAUGAAGAAACCUGGCGAUCGUACUGUGAGCGACAGAAACGUAUAAGGCAACAUGAGAGUGGUGUCGGAAUGGCAGGAUUGACGAUAAACAAUCCUCAAGCGGCCCCUCCGAUGGGCAUGAUGCGGGAUAUGCGACGGUCCGGUGGUCCUAUGGGUGGUGGACCCAUGGGUGGGCCAAGAAAAAUGAAUGGACCUAUUGAGGUCAUCGGUGGAGGACCCGGUGGUCCGAUGAGCGGAGGACCGAUGGGUGGUGGUGGCGGAGGAGGAGGACGACGAGAUGAUGGCAUGGGUAUGUCGAGUCAACCGAAGGAAAACGUUAUCCAGGUAAUGACCGCUGAUCGGAGAGAAUACAGCCGGACGGUCGUGGGAAAUAAAUACGACCCGUCUAUGUCUGGAGGACCGCCCGGGUUUGGAGGUGGACCGCCCGAUUUUUAUCACCAGGAGCCGGAAUACUCGGAUUACUACGAUCCAAUGCAAGAAUCCCAAUGGGGAAAUGAUAAUGGUAAUUGGCAACCGUCCGGCAUAAAAACCCUAACGCCCUGCCCGCCAAUGAUGCAUCCCAAUAUGGGUGGUAUGGGACAACAGCAACAUAUGGACAUGAUGGGUGGUGGUGGUGGUGGAAAUGAACGAAUGGUGAUGCCUCCACCACAACAGAUGCAGCAAGGAAUCGUAGGAGGACCCGGACCAAUGGGACCAGGUGGGGGAAGAAUACAUCCGCCGGGUAUGCCACCGGGAGGACCACGUGGUGAUAUGCGCAAUCCUAACGAUCGGAAACGUGGCGAUCCUCGCGACCGUGACCGUGAACGGGAACCACCUCGGCGAGAUCGCGAUCGGGAUCGUGGUCGAGACCGUGAGCGUGAACACGAACGUGACCGUGAUCGUGAUCGUGAUCGCGAUCGCAAAGACCGUGAACGGAGCGAUCAUCGAUCCGAGCGAGACUCCAAUAGCGUCGUCCCGAAGGAAGAGCCCGGAGCUGAUGCUGCUCAGAGUGCAGGAGGUGCAGCGGCUACAGCAGGCGCUGCUCCAGCCGGCUCGACGCCGUCUUCAUCGCGGGAUGAUAAGGACAAACGUUCCGUAAAGCCUGACCGUCAUAAAGAUCGCCAUCGCGAAAGGUCUCGCAGUCGCGAAAGGUCCAAAUCCAGACGCUCUGAUCGAAGCCGGGAACGAGAGCAGCGUCAUAGUCGAGAUAAGAAAAAGUCACACCGGAAAGAUAAAGAAGAUGGAGAAUGACAAAUUAUGAAAUAAGUACGGAACAGAUGGAUAUUUGACGAUCUACUGAUGCUGCUUGAAAUUUCUUGAGAAAUUUCGGUACUUUUCCUUUCAUGAUGGAAUAUUGUCUAUUUGAAAACGAAACAGCAGAAUACAUCGUGUUGAUAGAUGUAAUACGGAUGAUCCAUAAGAUGUAGAUGAAAUAUACAGUUUAUGUAA